AUGAUAAGACUGGAUAAUAAAGAAUUUAAGUAUAAUACUAAUUUCGCUAAUAAUUCCUGUUCUUCAUUUCGUGUGCCUAAAUGUACACGUUGUCGUAAUCAUGGAGUGAUUUCAUCAUUAAAAGGGCAUAAGAGACAUUGUCGUUGGAAAAAUUGUCAUUGUGCCGCUUGUUUACUCGUUGUUGAACGUCAACGUGUUAUGGCUGCACAAGUUGCAUUAAGAAGACAACAAACUUCGCAAAAUUUAACUUAUUCCGAGAAUAUCAUUCCGAAUAAACAAAACUAUAUUACUGAAGAUUUAUAUGAAUAUCAAAUCAAUAAUGCUUUAUACAACAUCAACCAUUCAACUCUUUAUCAUAAUAACAAUCAUAGUAGAUCUUUAAAGAAUAAUGUGAUUUCUAAUAUUGGAACUACAGCAAUUCCACCAGAGAAGUAUACAAAUAUAAAAGAUGUCCAGUUUGCAAAUUACGACCUUGAAAAUGAUAUUGAAUCAUUGAAUGAAGUAAAUAAAACUUUCACCAUUGAGAAUUCCAUAUUCAAGAAGAUAUCAUCAAAUGAUUUCAUGAACGGAAAUCCUAUUCAUUUAUCAUUAUUAAAUAACUUUAAUAAUCAACAAAACGAACAAAUUCUUAAUUCAAAUAUAAUUUCUCAUCUAAAAAUUCAUAAAAAUUUAACCAAUGAAAUAGACCCAAUAGAACAAAUUAACCUAUUGAAACAUCGAAUGAAUACUAUAGAAUUAAACCAAUUAAAUACUGUUGAAUUACAAUUAUAUGAUUUAAUAAACUUAUCGAAUAGAUAUCAAAACUUGAUAACAUAUGAUGAUAAUAAUAAACAGAAAUUUGUUCAUCAUGGAAAUGAUUCAAUCUUUCAGAUGAAACAAAAUAAAUUGGAUAUACGUGGAGAGCUUAAUGAAUUCAAUAAUUUAUCAACCAUAAAUAUGACAACUACAAGCAAUCUAUUCGAAAAUACCAAUUGUGUUACUCUAGCCAAUAUAAAUACUACCAUAAAUAAUAAACAAUCAUCAAAUCUCAUUUCAAAUUGUAUUUUAUCAGAUAAUCGACAAGUUGCGUUACAUUCUCCAACAACAACACUAUACUCAACUCUUGAUGAUGGAUUACAUAGAAAAACUCUUAGUAACCCUACAAAUAAUUCCCAAGAUGAAACAAUCUAUCCAUUGAUAAAAUUUUCGGUUUCGAAUAUUCUUAAUAGACACUGAGAAAUAUUACCAUUAAAAUAAUAAUUAUAACUUGAAUACAGUUUUUCUGAGACUUCUAAUAAUGAAAAAUAAUUAUCAGUAUAGGGGUUAGUCACUAGUGCGCAGAAGGGGUUUUGUGGAGAUUUUAGUAAUUUCAAUAGUUGAAAUCAUGAGUCAAUUGAAGCUAGAACACCAUGAAAAACCUGGAAGCACUGAACGGCCGUUUCGUCCUAGUAUGGGACUUCUCAACAGUGCACAUCCACGUUAAUAGUCUAAUGUAUAGUUCAUUGAAUUAAUUAACCCCUUUGAUUAUGAAAAGUAAA